CGUUGAACCACACAAUCAUCUAUUUUCAGCAACUCCAAAAUCGAUUGGGUUGAGUAAAGAAAGCAUGCGAACUAGUUUGUUCACUUUAUGGAAACACGUUUUGCUUCCCAAUGUAGAAAGACUGAGCAUAAAUAUUUCUCAAACCGUAAAGAUCCAAGAUAACAAAAUGAAUGGGGCUUUUACAAACUAUUUCAAGUACAAUAGGUUACCAUCAGAAAAGGUGGGGCUUUCAGUGUCUUGGCCGUUUGAUAUUAGGAAAAUUUCCAAUGAUUGGAGUACCUUGUGGUUUAUCAACGAAAGUGGCAAAAACUCUGUGGAAAACCCAAUAAUACAGGAUACUCAGUGCCCUUUAGUGGAUAUGGAACUUGGAAGUGUGCUUAAGAAAAGAAAGAAGAAAAUGAAUAAACAUAAACUAAAACGCAGACGAAAGCGAGACCGUAUGAAAACCAAAUAAAUGUGACUAUCAUACAUUACUUUUACCGAAGGAGUUGUAUAUCCAACAGAAUACUUGUGUACUUAUAUAUGCACAAACGAAGACAUAUCU